AUGAAUGAUCCCUCUAAUACUUUCCCAGCAGCGAGCCAGCCUUCCACUACUGAUGACAAUAAUCAUGGUGAUGAUGAAGUUGUGGUGAAUAACAGUUCAUCAACUACUCUCUUUCCAACUUUCCCUCCUUCUCUAUCAUCAACAAUCAAUAACACUUCAUCAUUACUUAUUAACAACAAUAAUUCUCUAUUUUCAUUCCAGCCUCUGCAAUCAAACCCACCAAUACCAUCAUCAUCAUUCUUUAACACUUCCAGCAACAAUAAUUCUUCUUCUUCCUUCUUUCAUCACAAUGAUAAUAAUUCAAACAAAACAAAUUUCUUUUCCUCCUCAACUUUUGAAAUUAAAAACAAUAACAACACGCAACUACGAGCCGCAACGAAAGAAGAGCAACAUCAACAACAUGUAAUUACAUCACCAUUAUCACCGAUAAGCCUACGGCUUACAUCUGCUAGUAAUAAUAAUAAUAAUAACUGUACUGGAAUUAAUAAUAACAUGAAUAUUAACAAUAAUGAAUCAACGGAGAGGAGUCUAACAAUUUUCAAAGCAUUGAAUAAUAAUAAUAAUAAUACUAAUAACAAUUUUAAUCACAUUAAUAAUAAUAAUAUUAACAAUAAGGAGGCUAGAUCAUCAUCGGAACGAAUUGGAAGACAAAAUGUAAAUAACAUCUUCUCUAGCCCUUCUCAUGCUAAUAGCAACAAUAUUCAUAACAAUAAUACCUCUCCAUUAUUUUCUCUACAAAGUAAUAGUAAUAAUAGAGAAAUGGAAAUAGAUACCUCAGGAUUACUUGAUUCUGAGAGGGUUUCAUUUAGUAUUAGUACAUCAACAACAAGUAAUCCCAUCAAUUCACUUCCAAUUCCAUACCAAACAGGAGUAGCUGAUUCAACUCUUCAUAUUGCUACUGAAAGCUCAUAUUCAGAAAAUUCACACAAUUUACUGAAUAAUAGUUAUGAUAAUAUAAAUCCCUCCGAGGAAGUUAUUAGAAAAACAAGACACCAAAUUGAAACAGUUGAAAAUUGGGUACGACGUGCAAGUUUUUAUUAUCUAGUGAAGGGAUUAUCAAUAGGAUUAUUGAUUUUCCUCUUUUUAUCCUUAUUUGUGGCAGUUCUUGUUGGCCUUGCUACAUUUGCCUUGGAAGAAAUGAGAACCAAGAGCAUUAGAGAAACGGCCAAGUACAAUUGCUUUAUGGCAGAUAGUGCAAUCAAGAAAAGAAUCGAGGUGACUAUCACUGCUCUAGAUAAUAUUCGAGAGACAGUCAUCUCUUGGGAUUACAAUGUAGAUCCUGACAAGUUUGACGAGUUUGCUAUGAAAACAAGUCAAUACCAAUACUUUAACAUCAUUCACACAUUUGGAAUGACAAGGAAUUAUACACUAACAGAGGUGUAUCCAAUGAAUGUUUUGAAGAGUCUUGUAGGACAAGAGAUUGGAAUUGAACCCAAUCAUAGGGAACAAUUACAGAUUGCAAUAGAAACAAAUAGUACUACUAUUUAUGGACCAUUCCUUACUAUCAAUAAUCAAUACAGCUUGAUGGCUCAACAGCCAAUCCUUGAUUUCAAUUUAAAUUUCUGGGGAUUUUCCUUGGUUGUUUUGGAGUUUGGAGAAAUUUUUCAACAAGUUAACUUGACCUCUCUUUUGGAGAAUUACUCUAUUCGAUUUUAUGAUAACAAGCAAGGAAUGGUAUUUUAUCAAAGGCUUCUUUCAGAACAUAAGAAUUAUGAUCUGAAUAACUUGGAAAAUGCACAAUUUAUUUACGAAGCCAUUAAUAUUACAAUUAUUGAUACAACAUGGGAAAUGCUAUUAAUUCCAAUUGAUUAUCACGAUUCUAGUGUGUUGACAUUGGAAAUUUUAAUACCAAUCAUUAUUGUUGUAUUUGGUCUAUUGGCCAUACUCAUAUCUUCCAUAUCCUUCUCACGUUAUACAUUACGAGUUAGGGCAGACAAGGAGACUCUGGAGAUAUUUGCUUCUACAGACGAAACACUGAAAAAAGAAAUUGUAGAAUUUGUGGAAAAUACCUUAAAGAAGGUUGAAAAUUACGUAAAAGAAGAAAAUAAUUUGAUAGAAUGUAUCAAUUCCUUAGACCCUCUUGUCACUCUAUUUAUUGAUGAAUCUGCUUUAAUUAACACUGUUAACAGGCCCUUCUUGACUUUAUUUGGGUACAAUGAUGAAAGUGAAUUGGAAAAUGUGGACCUACAACAAAUCUUGCCACUGUUUGAUAUCACUGAUGUUUACAAAACACAUGAGAAAACACCUGCACAAGAUAGAGAAUACAUUCUUCAUUUCCCCUAUGUUGAGGGAUGUAAAAAAUUCGGAGCUCGGAUUAAACUAUCUCUAAGCCUGACUUUUAGCAAUACCUCAAUAACAGAGCCAGUUUUCUGCACAAUCCUACUCAAGCCAUCUGAAUCCUUAUUGAACAAUAUUCCAAUUGACGAGGAGAUUACUGAGAAUACGAGCAAGUUUAUGAAGACGAUAAUUGAAAAUAAGAGCAACAUGAUGAGUUUUAUAGAUUUUCUAAAAAAAAAGAGAAGACAAGAUGAUAGAAAUAUCAUCUUUAUUCAAAAUGUGAAAGCUUAUAAGGUCAUGAAAAAUAUACAGGAACGAAAUUCGUAUAUGGAGGAAAUAAUCACCGAUUGUAUAAUCUGUAAACCAAAUGAGAGACUCUAUGAUGUGAGCCCUGAAGCAUUUGAUUCAUUCCACAAAAAGGUACGAGAAAGUUCAGAAGAUAAAUCAGGUGUAUUUGAUGCUUUGGUAGUCAUUGUCAUUCAAAAUUUCUUCCUUCUCAAUGUGUUUGAUAGCUGGCAAAAAGAGAGAACUCGUAAAGAGGCACCUUUGAAGAAUUUGUUUGAUCCAAUUCUCAAAUCCAAGACUAAACUUUCAAACAUUAACUAAACUACAGUAAUUUGUGGAUCUCUUUACAACAACUCAACAAGUAGAUUGAAAAGUUUGAAUAUUAUCUGGAUAAAUUGAAUUUUCGUCAUUUGGCAAUACCUCACCAAAAUGAUACUUAGUGAUAUCCACUCGAUAGAAAACCUUGCCACAUGCAUCACUAUCACUAUCCAUCUUAUCUGAGUGACGAUGACAUUGGAUACAUGCUUACUUUCUAUCAUAGAUACUUUAAUCCAAAAUGUAAUGUAUUGUAAUCUCAUCCAUUAUUCAUUCUAGAUAAAUAGUGACACAAUCAAGCAUACU